GCUGGAACUGAGGCUGAUGACAGCUGAGGAAAUUUCACAACAAUAACAAUGCCUUAGACUCGAGACUGAUGCACGAUCGCUCUUCAGAUCAGUGCAUCAUAACGCAGACAUUCACGAUGGAUCACUUACUGGGAAUAUUUGAUAACGGGACUGACAAGACAAUGCCAGAAUCUUUGCCACCAGAGCUCGAAGAAGGAAAUGUGGAAUACAAGUUAAAGCUUGUGAACCCCUCUGAGUCCCGUUUUGAGCACCUGGUCACCCAGAUGAAAUGGCGUCUCCAGGAAGGUCAUGGAGAGGCUAUCUACGAGAUUGGUGUGGAGGAUAACGGUCUGUGUGUGGGGCUGUCAGAGAGUGACCUCAACGCCUCAUUGACCAAUCUACAGAAAAUGGCACAGAGGCUUGGUGCAAGCCUGACAGUGCUGAGAGAGAGGAGUGUAGAGGAUGAGGACUGUAGUUAUGACAGGAAGGCCCUGGAGAUUUUAGUCCGCAAAGUACCAGAUGACCAGCAGUUCAUUGACUUGCGUGUGGCAGUGCUAGGCAAUGUGGAUGCUGGGAAAAGCACCCUGCUGGGAGUCCUCUCUCAGGGACAACUGGAUAAUGGGCGAGGAAGGGCCAGGCUUAACCUAUUCCGUCACUUACAUGAAAUACAGUCGGGAAGGACAUCUAGUAUCAGUCAUGAGAUUCUGGGCUUCAACAGUAAAGGCGAGAUUGUCAACUACAGCGAGUCUCGCUCCAUGGAGGAGAUCUGUGAGAACUCCAGUAAGCUGGUCACCCUGAUUGAUCUGGCUGGACAUCACAAGUACCUGAAGACCACCAUCCUGGGACUGACUGGCUAUUCUCCGGACUUCGCCAUGUUGGUGGUCAGUGCCAAUGCUGGACUGGCUGGGACGACCAAAGAACAUCUGGGUUUUGCUCUGGCACUGAAAGUACCGGUCAUCGUGGUGGUCACUAAAAUUGACCAGUGUAAGAAGGUGGUUGUGGAGAAGCUGAUCUCACAGCUAGACAAACUGUUGAAGUCUCCUGGCUGUAGUAAGAUCCCAGUCAGGGUGUCUGAUGAAGAUGAUGCCAUCACUGCAGCCACAAACUUUGCCUCAGAAAGGAUUUGCCCAGUGUUUACCAUAUCCUCAGUGAGUGGGAAGAAUUUGAACUUGCUGACCAAGUUCCUGAAUGUUGUUUCCCCGUUUAAGACCCAGUCAGAAAGAGAGAGGAGUAUGCAGGAAUUGACAGAGUAUCAGGUAGAUGAGGUGUAUUCAGUGCCGGGAGUGGGGACUGUUGUUGGGGGAACGUUACACAGGGGAAUCCUCAGUGAAGAAGACAAGGUGUUACUAGGUCCUACUGAGAAUGGAGAGUUUAUGAAGGUGAAUGUGCGCACCAUGCAUCGAAAUCGCCUCCCUUGUCGUGUGAUUCAGCCAGGACAAACGGCCACAGUGUCAAUACCAGACUGUGAUAGACGGACACUCAGAAAGGGUAUGAUGCUGCUGAGCCCUGGCAGCGAGCCCCAGUGUUGUAUAGAGUUCCUAGCUGAUAUAUACUUGCUGUUCCACAAGAAGAGUUUGAAGCAAGGCUUCCAGACCACAGUCCAUAUAGGCAGCAUAUCUCAGACAGCUACAAUAGUGGAUAUGAACAAGAAGAGUAUAAAGACGAAUGAGAGAGCGGUGGUGACAUUCCGCCUGAUCAAACAGCCUGAAUACAUCCGCCCAGGGGCUCGGCUUGUCUUCAGGGAGGGCAGGACUAAAGGGAUGGGAGAGGUUCUACAAAUCUCCCCAUAUGGAUCUAGAAAGGCUGUGUAGAUGUAAGCACUAUACAAUCAUCUAGUUUAGAAAGGCCAUUGUAAUAGAUACAUAUAUCGGUUUAUGUUAGAGAUUGUCCAGUGUUUUUGAAAGCUUAUUCGAUUUGUUAUUUCUAGGGCCCUGUGUUUAUAUUUUUUAAUAGUCUGAGCUAUAUCAGUCUACAUAUAGUUUAGGAGUGUUAUACCUUGGACUGCUGUAGUAGGUAAUAAUUUUUGUGAGUGAUGGUCCGGUGUUUUUGUAAACUUACAAAGUGAUCUGUUUUAAUGAUUUUUCUAGGCCCUGUAUACAAGCUGUGUCAGUGGAUAUGUGUAUCAACAUACAUGUAGGGCUGAUCUUAAAAAAUUCAUUGUUGGGUGAUCUUACCAGGUAAAUAUGGUUGAUUGGUAGGAAAAUAUGUUUGUUUGGUUUUUUUUAUUGGCAAAUGAAAAAGAAUUUUAAAGGAAUUAACAUGAAAAUGAAAUUAUAGGAAAAUAAAAGUUCUGUCAAAACUUAAAGAGUAGGGCUGUUUUUUUUUUACUGUCAGUUGAGUUCUGCUCAGUAAACAUAUUUUUAAUGAUGCCAUAGCUUUGUUUGUUGUGAUGGAAAUGAACUUUGCUGUUCUGAAAUACAGGUAUGAUGAUUUCAAAAAAGAAUCAUCUGUAUGCUUGUCAAGGUUAAAAAAAAAAUAAUUUGAGUGGAAUGAAAAUAUAGAGAUAUGUUAUUGGAGGUUACAAAUUUUUAUUGGUAAGGAAAUAGAUUGCAGCUUGAGAGAAUAAAGAUGUGGUUUUGCAGAUACAAGUUUUGUGUGGGACACUCACACUAAAGGGUUCAAGGGUCAGUAUUUAUCAGCUGACAAUGUGUAAAUGAUACAUGUAUAUGUAUUGGUGUAUAGUUUUUUUGCAUGUUCCAAUUUCACGUAUUGGCAGCAUUUUUCUGAUUAAUGGCAUAGAUCUAUACAGCCCUCCUAGGUCCUAUGUUGAAUAAUAAAUCCUAGAUUUAACUUAUGAUAAUAUUUUACAUGUAUUGCAUUAUAUUAUCGUUUGCUUAUCAGCUAGUAUAGUCUUAUGUAUCUUCUUUGAAUGACGAUUUGUUCAGUUACUGCUUUAUGUAUGCAUUAAAUGCAUUAUAGUAUAAGUGGUAGAGAAAUGUCUUUUUUGUUGUUUUUUUUUUUUUGCAGUAAAAAGACAUGCACAUGUAAUAUAUUAAUCUGUAAACGUUUGUUCAAUUUUCAUUUUGUGGGCGGGGAGGCGGGCGGGUGGCCACGCAGACUGUUUCAUAGGCCUGUUCAAAGUUUUGUUUGCAGUGAUUAAUGUUUUUGUUUUAGGAUUACAUCCAGGUUUAACUUGUAUUGAAAUACAUGUAUGUUUUGUUGGGUCUAUGCAGAUAUUAUGGGUACAAAAAGAAAUGUAAAUAAUGUUGCCUGUUGGUAAAGCUGAUGAUACAGGGACUUUCAGCAGAUGGGUAGUUAAUAGAUGCAUGACUGGGGAAAAGCCUUGCUUGUUUUAUUCCUAUCAUGUAGUUUUACCUUGUUUCCUUUUUUUUUUUUAAUAACUUCUUGAGAUUUUAUAUAAUAAGAUAUACUUAUGACCACUUUCAUUUCUCUGUUGAAAGUUUUUGUUUAUGUUAAUACAUGUAUUUGAUAACAUAAAUAUCACAUUGUUUGAAGUUAUUUCAUAGAGUGAUGGGUUAAAUUGUAUCCGCACAUUGUACAUUUGUUGUUAUAGAUUUGUGUAAAUAGUCUCUGCAUACUUUUUAAAGAAAUCACAUGUAUGAUGUACAGCGCUUGUAGUUAUGCUGAUAAGGCUUCCAAAAAAGCUGAAUCCACACGUUUUAAAAAGAAAUUUGAAGAAAUUUUUCUUUCAAUGCAUGAAUUGGCAAUGACACAGCUUACAUUGUCAUUUGAAUAUAUUUAGGUGAAAAUUGUGUAUGUUUAUCCUACAAUGUGUGCAUAGUGUAUUUUUAUUUUAUUUAUUUGAUUGGUGUUUUACGCGUAAUGAAGAAUAUUUCACUUAUACAAUGGCAGCCAGCGUUAUGGUGGGAGGAAGCAUAUUGUAUAAAGACAACUAUUCAUUCAAUGCAUAAAUUUCAAGCAGAACCUUUUCAAAUGAUAGCUUGUUUUAUUGUCUUGAGUAAGAAUUCUUAGAUCGUUUGUCCAUAAUAUUGCAACUGUGGCACCUUCAUGAUUUGUGUUGGUAUUUUAACAUUUUUUUUUGAAAUCAGUAGUUAACAGUUGAACAGACUUAAAUGUCUCAUUUGGAAUGAAUUUUUAUCAGCUCCCGUAUGGUAUAUCUUUAUUUUAUCUUUAGAUAUUCAUUUUAAUGAAAUUUUAUUACCAGUUCUGUAGAUCUGAUGUAUAAAAAAGUUGAAAAAGAAAAAAGUCCUCCAAAAAAUUUCUGAAAGUUGAGGAUUAAGAAAAUAAUACUUUUGUGUAUGUUGUUCCAUUUCUGUUAAAACUUGGAUCCAGUUAAUUCAAAUGGGUUUUUAAAAACAAAAAUCCAUAUGAACUGAUCUUGCAAUAAAGCAUGCUUGUGAUACUG